AUGGCGCCCUCGUCCGCGGAGGCUGACGCGGCGGCGUCCUCCAGCGGUCGCCUCCUCGUGCUCUACGCGUCACAAACUGGGAACGCCAUGGACGCCGCAGAGCGUGUCGGCCGCGAGGCAGAACGUGGCGGCUGCCCGGCCGUCGACGUGCUCUCCAUGGACAGCUUCGACCCCAGUCGCUUGCCAAACGAGCGGUUCGUGGUCUUUGUCGUCUCCACCACGGGGCAGGGCGAUCCCCCGGAUUCCAUGAAGGGGUUUUGGAGAUACCUGCUUCGGAAGGAUCUGGACAGACAAUGGCUUGAGGGGAUCCAUCACGCAGUGUUUGGACUCGGGGAUUCAGGCUACCAGAAGUACAAUUUUGCUGCAAAGAAGCUUGAUAGAAGGCUUUUACAUCUUGGUGCAGAACCAGUCCUAGAGAUAGGUCUGGGAGAUGACCAACACCCUUCAGGAUAUGAAGGGGCUUUAGAUCCUUGGUUGCUAUCUAUGUGGAAAUCUCUGAAUGAAAUUAAUCCGUCACUCUUACCUAGAGUGUCUGAUAUCAAUGAUUCUAAUUUGAGUAUUUUGGGGCAUCCCAAAGUUCAUGUCAUUUAUUACUCUUCCAAUGAAGUUCCACAAGAUCCUAUACUUUCAGACCCCAGUAAAAUAAUAAGUAGCGCAAGAUCAAUGUCCCCUGCACUACGGUUCCAUGCUGAUGGAGAGCCACCUUACAUGCUUCAAAUGGUAAAAAACAAGCGUUUGACUAAGGAGGGUUCUGAUAGAGAUGUUCGCCACUUUGAAUUGGAAGAUCCAUCUUCAGCCAUCAGUUAUAAAAUUGGUGAUGCUCUUGAAAUUCUACCAAGUCAAAAUCCAUCAGCUGUCGAUGCCUUCAUUGAACGCUGUAACUUGGAUCCAGAUUGUUACAUAACGAUUGGAGUGAGAAGUGGGGAUAAAGUUUCGAAGGGUUCAGUUGUGCAUAGCCAGAUGGACCGCAUCAAAUUAAGGACCUUUGUUGCUUUGACAAUGGAUGUCGCGUCAGCUUCCCCUCGUCGAUAUUUCUUUGAGGUCAUGAGCUUUUUUGCAACAAGUGAACGUGAAAAGGAGAGGCUUCAGUAUUUUGCUUCUCCUGAAGGAAGAGAUGAUCUUUACCAGUACAAUCAGAAGGAGAGUAGGACUGUUCUAGAGGUGUUGGAGGAUUUUCCUUCAGUUCAAAUGCCUUUUGAAUGGCUGGUGCAACUAACACCUCCACUGAAGAAAAGAGCCUUUUCCAUCUCAUCAUCCCCACUGGCACACCCAAAUCAAAUCCAUUUGACCGUUAGCAUCGUAGCAUGGGUUACUCCAUUCAAGAGAACCCGGCGUGGACUCUGUUCUACAUGGCUGGCCGGGCUCAAUCCAAAUAAAGACAUUCUUAUCCCGUGUUGGAUACACCAAGGAUCCCUUCCUCCUCCACGUCCAAUGGUUCCUCUUGUGUUGAUAGGACCAGGAACAGGAUGUGCACCAUUCCGUGCAUUUGUAGAGGAAAGGGCUGCACAGUCUGCAGCAGAACCAACAGCCCCGGUUCUGUUCUUCUUUGGCUGUAGAAAUCAAGAUAACGAUUUUCUAUACAAGGAUUUCUGGUUAACUCAUGCCCAGGAUGAGGGGGUGUUGUCCUCGAAAAAGGGUGGUGGUUUAUUUGUUGCUUUUUCCCGGGAUCAGCCUCAAAAGGUCUAUGUGCAACAUAAGAUAAAGGAACAGAGUUCAAUAGUGUGGAACUUAUUACUGUCCGAUGCAGUGAUUUACAUUGCGGGCUCUUCGACGAAAAUGCCUGCUGAUGUUACAGCUGCACUAGAGGAGGUUAUUUGUAAAGAAGGUGGUGUCAAACAAGCAGAUGCUUCAAAAUGGCUCAGGGAUCUAGAAAGGGCUGGUAGACUUAACAUCGAGACUUGGUCAUAG